UUUGUGCACACAGUUGCAAUAUAUUACUGCUCGCUACAGAAAUCACAUCUAGACGCACAUUUUGGCUUUCUGGUAACAUUACAAAGAAUGGAUGGAAAAAUAUAUCAAAGACAUCUAUUUCAAGGAUAUCUCCUGGUAUUGAUGUUGAUUUUUUCAUCGCUGGGUGAAACAGUUGUAGAAGACGAAGUCACAGAAAAUGCAGUCACAGAAAGCGCAGGCCCUGAAAGUACCGUCAGUGUAAUAUCCGCAGACACUGAAACAGUUGGGGCCUCUGAACACAGCAGCGCUACAGCAGCUAUGCCAACAAUGUCAAGUUCAAGUUAUACAUCGGACUACAGGGGAAGUGAAAUGAGCUUUUCUUGCCAAAGUUUUGUGUGCACAGGACAACAGUGUUAUAAAGGAAAGGAACUAUAUGUUAAUACUACAUUUUCUAUGUGUCCUUCAAUGUCAUAUUGUGAGAUGUUCAGUCAUAACAGCAGUUACUACGAAGCAAGGUGUGGAGCUCAUUGCAUUCAUCAUCGCUGUGGCCAAAAUGAGACUAUGAAGAAUGGAACUUCAAUGAAUGGAUGUUCUAUAUAUUGCUGUAACACAUCUAAGUGUCUCACUUUGGAAAAUGUCAUGAGUAAUGAUAUGAUGAAGAAUAAUACAACACCGCCAAUGUCAACUGUGACUGUGCCUACAGCAACAACUACAACAACGACAACCACCACAAUUGCAUACAGUGAUAAAACAUGUCGAUCAUUUACAUGUGAUGGAUUAGACUGCUACAAAUCGAAUACAGGUGCUGCUGUUAAAAAAUGUCAAGUGGGAAUAAACCAUUGUGAGCUCCAAAAAAAAGUUUCUGGAUCGGCUGUCUCAUAUGAAGGAGGCUGCAGUAACACGUGUGCUACAAGUACAAAAUCUUGUGCCACUAUUACCAAUGCUAACUGCUUCCAGGAGUGUUGCAACGCUACAAAUACAGGAUGCUGCAUGAAACUGGAUGGGCAGGUCCAUUUUAAUGAGGCCUCUAGAGUAAAUCUGAACUCCGUCCUGAAGAUAUUCUCAUAUGCAUUCAUAGUCAUUUUUUCCUCUCGUUUCUUCACCUCUGUGCGGGCUUAGAAAUUAAUUUUUAAUGUAACUCUAGGAUAGUACGUCUCGAAGAUGAACACACUAAGCACACAAAUCCGCUUUGUUCUUUCACUUUGAUUUCAUUCCAAAAGAUAUUAAAUGACUGCCUUAGGAGUGUAGAAAGUGACACUGUCCUGUACUAGAGGGAUAUGGUCAAACUGUACAUUAUCUUAAAAUGACCACAACAAAUGGAAAUCUGUAAGUAUAGGGAAUAUCUUACAAGCAUCACUGCCUAGGGAAAUUCUACAACUGUAAUCUCUUCAAUAAUAUGAAUUUAUUGUUUCACAUUCCAUAUCUGAUUAAUAUAAACUUCCAAUAUAUAAGUUAUCAAUACAUAAAGCAUAUACAAACCUUUACCAACCAAAAAAUACUACAAAGCAAUAUACGGUAGUAUAGAUGCAGCCAAUAAACAUCAUUUUCAUCUUAAUUAUAUACCGCUAACAUCUCAAAUUAAAACACCAUAUAUAUAUAAAAAUAUAUAUAUAAAAUCCACAAAUAUUCAUAUAUCUUACUGUGAUGAAAUACAGUGUCACUGGUAAAUAUAUCCCAAAAGGCAUUUCUUUUUUUUCUUUUUCUUUUUUUAAUUGUAAAAACAUUUAUUGGAAGACUUGUACAUUAAUAAUAAUGUGCUGGUUUCUGGGGCAAGCCAGCAUUUUAUAUAACCUUGUUGGUCAAAUUUGUACGGGGUUCAUUCACUAAAUAGCAAAUUGUAAUAGAUUGAAAACAAAUCUCAAAAUAUGGGCUAAAUAGCUCAUUUGGAAACAGAAUCCUAAUAAGCUUUAAUCUCAGUUUGGCUAUUUUAAUGUACAAUUUGCAAUUCAGUGUUUAGGUUUACUACAGUUCAAGUGUUUAGUGAAUAAACCCUUAUGCGUCUUACAAAGAGUAAUAAUUCCAUCAAGAAAAUACAAUAUUGUGUGUUCUGCUUUCUGUGUCAGUACUUUUGCACACUGUAGAAAAAAAGGCUGAAAUAAUAUUCACUAUGUAUAGGCAACUAUAGUGCAUCGUAUGCAAGGAUGUACAGAAAGAAAAGAUAUAUAUUAAAAAAUAGUGAAAAUAAAGAAAUUUAAAUGAGAAAAUUAGUUGCAAAAAUAUUCCUAGCCCACUGAUCAAUAUGUUAUAUAUACUCUUUUGAUAUAAAAUAUAUUUAUAUAUUUGUAA